UAUAUGUGAUUUUGGGGGUCAAUUAUAAAUUUUGUGUUUCCAUACUAUCUGUUGUGGCAACAAAGCGAGGUAUAAAAAACGAAUGCACUUAAUAAAAACACUCUAAAAAGAUUUGCCAUUCUCCUUAUUGCAAUCGGACAAAAAAUCAACAUGUCACAGGAAAAGGAACUAGAUAUGAUUGACAGGGACCCAAAUCAACUAAAUGCACAUGUUAAGGUCCAGUUUGAGGAUGUUUUGGCGGAACCAGAUGGUGCACAUAGCAUUGACUGCGUCUGGCGUUGUAGCUAUAUGUGCUUCAACUGUGGCAAGAACUGCUGCUACAAGUUGAUGACGACACUAUGUGGUCUAUUCAUCGCCCUGUAUUGGGGAUGCGAGUUUGCAUUCAUUACCUUUGACCAGGUUUGGUGCAUUACUCCCGGCCUAAGAAUUUUCAGCAUCUACAUGGGCUGCGCUCAGAAAUUCUUUGGAACCUGCGUCACGUGUUUCCUUGCGCCAAUAUGUGAAACAUGUGGUCUCAUGUUUAGUAAUAUAAAUGUGAAAAACCAAUAAUUAUCUUGACAUGAGGAAAGAAGAUUUGUUUCUGUGUCCGUUGCAUCUUUCUCUACAAUCACCAUGUAACAUGAAGUGGGAUUUUCAACAAUUAUGUAUAUUUUGAUAUUUAUUUCAAUAAAUUCUGUUUCAAAA